AGAGCAUCUCCCUACUUCCGGUGUAGGUUGCUACUAUCCUACAACUCACGUCAGAUAAGAAAGUCGUAGCGAUUCGGACAUCAAAGAUGUUGGCCCUGAUAAACAGGCUUUUGGACUGGUUCCGAUCCCUUUUCUGGAAAGAAGAGAUGGAACUUACACUCGUGGGACUUCAGUAUUCCGGGAAGACCACCUUCGUCAAUGUGAUUGCUUCAGGCCAGUUCAGUGAAGACAUGAUUCCUACGGUUGGAUUCAACAUGCGGAAAGUCACAAAAGGCAACGUGACUAUUAAGAUAUGGGAUAUAGGCGGGCAGCCCCGCUUCAGAAGCAUGUGGGAACGCUACUGUCGAGGAGUGAAUGCUAUUGUGUAUAUGGUGGACGCAGCAGAUCGAGAAAAGAUAGAAGCGUCCCGAAAUGAGCUCCACAACUUGUUGGACAAACCACAACUACAAGGAAUUCCAGUUCUAGUGCUAGGCAACAAGAGAGACUUGCCCAACGCCCUGGAUGAGAAGCAGCUUAUUGAAAAGAUGAACCUAUCUGCCAUUCAGGAUCGGGAAAUCUGCUGCUACUCGGUAUCCUGCAAAGAGAAAGACAACAUCGAUAUUACACUACAGUGGCUCAUCCAGCACUCAAAGUCACGGAGAAGCUGAUUAAAUGCAGCUGUGCCCUCAGUCCCAGAUGCUUCUGGGUCGUCCAUAGUCAUCCCCUCAACUGCCUCUGUGAAGUACUUCAGCUCUUUCUGCCUACAACCGCCGCACGCCUGCACCACCAGUCUCUACUACCGUAACUGUGUAGCCUCUGUACAGCAUUAUUAGGCACAUUCUUUUUCGGAGUCCUGAAAAGUUAUCAAUGCUUUGCAAGGUGGAUUGUUCAAGCUCAUCAUGCCUUACUCCCCGACCUUAUGCACAUUCUUCCGCACAGGAGUCAAAUGACGCUGCAGUGUUCUAUUGUCAAAAUUCCCCUAAGAACAUCACCUAACAUGUUCUUUUCAUAGUGUUUACAGUGCAAUUGUCAUUUUUAAUAAUGUUUGCCUAAUAAGGAUUGCGCUAAUGCCUUCAAUCAACAAUGAAUCUUAGCAAUGUAGCUUUCAGGUACUUGUCAGUAAGCAUGGAAUUACUUAAUUUACUACAAGGCUUGAAUUCAAGUUUGUAUAAAGAUGAGUAGAAAAUACAAAGGUGAGUGUUGUUGUCUGAGGCAGAAUUAGGCCUGCAGAGUUUUAAGUGCCUUUUGGCUGAAUGAAAGCUCCAAUUAGACAGUCAUUGCCCAAAGCUAUGUCUCAUGAUACACCAUUAUGAAAUUAUUGCAGACCAACUUCAAUGACUUGAUUACACAAGAACCAUCUCUUGGAAAUCUUAUGUAUAACCACCUAACAUCAGUGGGAAGAUAUCAGCACUAACAAUGCAAACAAACUGAGAAAAUGUUACAUUUCCGCCAGUUAAUGGAUUACAAGUCUUAUUGCCUUUUAUGUGAGGGGAAAACUUUAAUAGGUCUUUUAAAAAUAUUGGAAAUCUAACAUGGAUGUACCCAAGUUGCUGGUUUUAAAAUCUUGAUUUCGUUCUAGUUGAACAACAGAAAGCUAGUGUUCAUCAAGAUCUAUUAGUACGACAGUGAGAUCAAAUGCGUUGGACGAUCAUUUGAAGUCUUGACAUCUGUAAAUGCCACAAGACUGAAAAAUUGUCGUUUACGUUCGGUAUCAGCACUGUUUCGUCCCAUUUAUCAAAGUCACAUUCAAAUCAUUUAUGUUAAUCCGCUCCAUUCUUGCAGUCGGCGUGAUGUCACGAUGAUGUCAUCUCGCAUAGCAACGUGUCGCCAUUUUGAGAGGAGGGCACGCACAGGUAAACAUCCGUAGACAAACGUCUGAAAUUCAUAUAUUUCAGCUGUGUUUAGCGUCUUUUUUUUUUUUUUUAUAAAAACGUCUUAAACAUGAAUUAUUAUUAUCAUGAAUCACUGCCGACAGACGCGAGGAGGCGAUACAAAUAAAGACCGCAAAUAAGACAAAAAUUCAACGCGUUUGUACUACAAUGCACGACAGCGCAACUGUUUGUGACUCGUGUUUUGCCCCCAUUUCAAUAUGGCGACGCUCUGUUGUGGCUGGUGACGCCAUUAAUGCCCUGAUGUCCGACUGCAACAAUGCUAGCUAACUGGUUACAUCCAAUUUCUCUGUCACAGACGGCAUUUACUCAUAUGGUCAUCUUGUCUAUGCAGUCAUCACAUGCUCCUUGUUGUCCUAUGUCUGUUAGUGAUGAUCAGAAUACUAAUUUUCAGGAGUGAAGGGCUGUAUAGUUGUGCGAUUAAGUAAACUGGGGGAAGAAAAAGCUUUGUUAAUUGUGUAAUAUUAUAGCAAUUUGUAUGUGCAUGUGCUAAUGUUAUUCACAUUCAAUUGCAGACUUUGUAAAUAAGAAUUUGACAUUUUUAUUCCAAAAAAAGCUCUUGUAGAUGUCAUGCAUUCUUUCCAUGUGAUUGCUAAAUAAAAUUGUUUUAUUUGUUGUUGUUUUUUUAAAUGGGGUUUUCUUGUCUCAAUCAGAUGUCUGUUAAAACAUUCGCCACUAGGUGGGAGCAGAGGACUAUUACGCUUGCGUGCACAGGUACACGCACACACAAGUUUGAUGUUGCAGCCAAAGUCU